CCGAAAGCCAGGCUGGAGGUUACAAGCCAAACUAUCGCAACUCCCACGCCCGCCCGCCUCAUACAUAGCUGUCAAGUCUUUUCAAAGGCAGGAUCUCAGCACUGUACCAGACAAGAUGUCCUCCGGAAAAAUUACGGUCCAUAACCUGGCCGACCUGAAGAACACCUCGGACGAUGCGCUCCCCAACUACCUCAACUCUCUCAAAUUCACCCAAUCCCACACGCUCACCGACGUCCGCCUCGCUCUCGGCUACGCAGCAUUUCUGAUUGCAGGCGCAUGUUUCCUCUGGGAUUAUCAGCUCGGCUUCGACAGCACAAAGUACUACACAGCCGCCGCUGUGGUUCUCUACUCGACCCUCAACGGCGCCCUCACAUUAUGGAUCUGGUUGAAGGAGGCGGGCACCGUGUAUGAGGGCACAUCCCCCUCAGGCGAGAAGGUCAACAUCGCAACCUCAACAAAGAAGAACGUACCUACAUACAACAUGAAAAUCACCCUUACCUCAAAGAAUGGCGAAAAGAAGGUCAUCAACCUCUUACAACCCUUCAACCAGUGGUUCGACUCGCAAGGCCGCUUCGUCGCGGUCCCCUUCCAGGAGAUCCUCGCCACCAACAUCCCCGUCGUCGGCAAGCUCGACCCCAAGCGCGUCACGUCCGCCUCCCAGGGAUACUCAACCGACGUCCUCGACGCACUGUACGCGGAGAGCACGGCGACGGGGAGCAGCGCCGAGGCGGCCAAGGGUGGAAGCAAGAGACGCAAGGCAUAGGGCGGGCCGGACCGGAGGUGGUUUGGACUUCUGUCGCAUGGGCGUGCCAAUGACCCUUUUUGUGUAAAUUACGGAUAAUCUGGGCCUUCAAAAGCAUGGAGUCUGCGUUUCUGCUUCGCAUUUUGCUCGAAAGUGCCACGAUUGCACAUCCAUGCCACGGUGUUAAUCGUCAUUGUUCGCUCCAUCCCUCGGUCGGCUCAUACUCUGGAACGCAUUUAUGCGCAAUAACCGAGUGUCUACAGUCAA